CCCUUCACCAGUCCUACCUAUUCACUGACGAAGAGAACUGAGAAUCUACAAUAAUAUAGUGCUCUUUCUUCCAUGAGCGAUGAUAAUAGUUACUCGUUUCGGCUCCGGGCAUAGGAGAUGCUGUGCGGGAGGUUUCUGUUGACGGACUUAAGCUGCCCUGAUUGGUGCCUCCGUCCGAGAUGGCGCCUGGAGAGGCAGCACCCAAUUUUCAGGAAAUAAAAUACUCUGACAUAGAAUUUAGAAGUGUUGUGAACUCGGGAACAUUUGGCGUCGUGAAGGAGGCGAUAUGGAGUGGCAAACGUGUUGCUGUCAAAACUAUGGAGUCAGAGGAGGAGAAGAAAGCGUUUCGUAAUGAACUGAAGCAGCUUUCCCGAAUUCAUCAUACAAACAUCGUUAUGCUGUUUGGAGCAGUUAACGACGGCAGUAAGACAUGCCUGGUGAUGGAAUUCGCGGAUGGUGGCUCGCUCUACGAUGUAUUGCACAACGAGAGCCACCAGAUUCGGUACACCACGGCGCAUGCUCUCAGCUGGAUGUUGCAGUGUGCCAGGGGUGUUGAGUACCUCCACGGCAUCAAACUUGUGCACCGAGAUCUAAAAUCUCCCAACCUGCUUCUGGUGCACCCGGGCACCGUUCUGAAGAUCUGUGACUUUGGCACGGCGUGUGAAGCACGCACACACAUGACCAACUGCACUGGAAGCGCUGCCUGGAUGGCCCCGGAAGUGUUUGAAGACACUCUGUACAGUGAAAAGUGUGAUGUAUACAGUUUCGGCAUCAUUCUUUGGGAGGUUUUGUCUGGGCAGAAACCGUUUGAUGACAUCAAGAAAGGAGCAUUUGCCAUCAUGUGGGCUGUGCACACAGGCAAUCGACCCAAGCUAAUUUACAGCAUUCCGAAAAUCUUGCUAACCAUGAUCACAAGAUGUUGGGAUCAGGAUCCGACUGUAAGGCCGUCCUUCUCCGCGUUGAGCAAGCAGUUAGAGUAUCUCAUCAAGUACUUUGAUGGGCAGGAACAAAUAUCGCUUGACGACGACAGUCAACAGGAAGCACGGGCAGGCCCGCUUGAUUCCGAAGGUGCCCUGACGCAAAUCCACAGUUCCGGCAGCGAUGCACAUUCCACCGUGUCAAGUGCCGCAGGAGAGCUGGACCAGCUCACGGCGAACGCUGAGCGAAUGCAGAUGACGGAUAGCUCCCAAACCUCCACUGUCAGCAAUGAGAGCAAGGAGCACCUGGCGGGAGCGGCGGUGGCACCACGCUACCUCUCUACUGAGGGAAGGGCCUCCACCUACUCGUCAUCCGGCAGUAGCUCCGCGUCUAGAGGAGGACGAGGCUCGAUAUUCAACAGCCUACGACGUGCCGGAGUAGCAUCCCCGUUUGCUAGCAAUGACGGCUGUUCAAAUGCAGUGCAGCACCCGGAUUUGGAUGUUCAGCUGCAACCAUUGCCACCAACACCAGAGUCACAAACUUCUGUAGAUAUCUAUGAGGAACAUAUGGGGCUUGCCAACAGCUACAUGGAUUUGAGGCGGCAGUUUCGAGUAGCUCAAGAAGAGAGCCGUGAAUUGGACUUAUACUUGCUUCAAGACAAGCGUGAUGCCGAGCAGGGUCAGAUGCGGCUGCGGCGCUUCAAGGAACUCCUGGAGCAGAAGGAACAACUGCUGGAGGAGCAAGAGGAAUGGAAAAAACAACUUCGACAGUACGAGUCAUGAUGGCCCGGUUGUUACAUGACCGUGCUGGUUAACUUUCGGUGACCAGCUUAAUGUUCCAGCCCUCUGAUGCCCGUGUACAUUGCAUCCUUGCCCCGUCCUAUCCCGUAUGGUGGUAACUGAGGGGUACGUCAUGAGAACGCGUUCCACUUGCCCGUGUGCUGAACUGGCUUGGGGGAGCACUGCAUGCCUUGUAGGUUGCGUCGAGAGCCACACAGCCCAUCGCUAUGCAGCUUGGGUUUGUUAUGGUUGGCGUAGCGUUGGCUCAGAGCACGCCACACGUGCACCCGCCGCAGCUUCUGUGAGUGUCACGGUUUGUCACGUUGUACUGGUGCUGGCUUGCCUCCUGUAGCAACCAUGUACCCUGGCCUGGGGGCGUUUUAUGAUGGCGUUGACGGUGUCCACAAGCAAAUCUCGUAUUUUUAUCUGCACUGAUUUGGUGGAUAGACUUGAAUUGUACAGUCACUCAGCAUGUUUAACUCCCUUUCUUUCCCAUUCUUUUCUAUCUUUGCCAUAUAUUUGCCCUUUCCCAAUUCUCAGAUUAUUGACUAGCUUUACACCUACUUCGUAGUAAGCAGCUUUAGAUUUUGAAUACUCGCUGUUUGACAGGUGUGCAUGCAUGGCAUGCCAAUACUUUUCUUGAUACGCAAUCCAUGAAACGAAACAAUGUGGCGAUGUCCACGCGUGUUGCUCCUGGCCAGCUGCACUUGCAGCACCGCAUGCCCAGUUUGUGCCACGAUAUUCGCAUCACAAAGAUGCUAUGUAUAAUACUUAUGUACAGAACGAAAGCCGGUAUGAAACACAUGACAUCUAACUUCACUGCUUCCCUAGGCUUUCUGAUUCGGCUUGCUUUUAUGACAUGCGUUAUUUUAUCGUUUGACCCCCCCCCCCCUUCAUUAUUUUACUAAACGUCCCUUGUACAUUAUUGUGUCUGUCUCCUUGCUCCCUCGUUGACGCUUUCUUACUAGUCGUUAGUCGUUUGCUGUUGUUGCGUUCACAAGCCGUGGGCAUUGUAUAUAGUCGGUCUCGAGCUGCUCGCGGACUGUUCUCAGACCAGCUGGCAUGCUUGCUGAACUAACUUACUAGUCGUUAUUCAUUGCUUAUGCUGCUGCCACUAGAUACAUAGUUCACUCGAUUUCCACCGGGUCUCCGGUAGCCAGUGUGCCUGCUUUUCGAGACUUUGUUACAAGCUUGUACAUGCUGCUGCACCUAAGGACUUGUUAGGUUGCAGCGUGUGUUUUGUUUUUCAUUGAUUAUACAUGUAGUGCCAUUCGUUACACAGCCAUUACUGGA